AGAGAAAAAGAAGGGGGUCGAGCAUCCCUCAUCCUAGACAGGCUGAAGAGGGCGGAAGCGACAGGAGGAGCAGCGAAUGGGCGCGCGAGCCGAGCCGAGCCAGCUGCUAGGAGACCGGCAAGGUGCGGGUGCGCGCGUGCUCGCGCCUGUUGUGUGAAGGUGGGGGAGGACUAGCCAUCCCCGCGCGCCUUGCUUGCCCUUGGAGGUACCACGGUCGCCAAGAGAGGAAAGGUUUCCUUUCGCCGAGAGAAGGGGGAAAAACAUGACGCAGGGAAAGCUCUCUGUGAAUAACAAGCCUGCAAAUGCCGAGGGGCAAGGGCAACUGGGAGAUGCAAAAAAAGAGGACAAUGCCACUGUCCCCUCGGCACCUCCUACCUAUGAAGAGGCAACUUCAGCAGAAGGGAUGAAAUCGGGGGCAUUCCCUCCACCACUGAAUGUUCCUCUCCACCCCAACUGGGCCUACGUGGAUCCCAGUGCCAGCCCUAACUAUGGCAGCGGAUACUCAGGGGACACAGAGACCUUUACAACUUUCAGCUGGGAUGACCGCAAUGUACGCAGGGUGUUCAUCAGGAAGGUGUACAGCAUCCUCAUGUUUCAGUUGCUGGUUACAGUUGGCAUUGUGGCUCUCUUCACCUUCUGUGAACCAGUCAAAGGAUAUAUCCAAGCAAAUCCGGCCUGGUACUGGGCUUCCUAUGCUGUUUUCUUUAUUACCUACAUGAUUCUGGCCUGCUGCUCUGGACCCAGGAGGUACUUCCCAUGGAACAUGAUCCUCCUGAGCAUCUUUACUCUGUCUAUGGCCUAUCUCACUGGGAUGCUGGCCAGCUUCUACAACACCAAGUCCGUCCUCCUCUGCCUGGCAAUUACAGCACUGGUGUGCGUCUCUGUCGUCAUAUUCAGUUUCCAAACCAAGUACGACUUCACUUCUUGCCAGGGGGUGCUCUUUGUGAUGCUGAUGGUGCUGUUCUUCAGCGGGAUUUUUCUUGCCAUUAUGCUUCCUUUCAAAUACGUGCCCUGGCUCCAGGCCAUUUAUGCUGUGCUGGGCGCACUUUUAUUUACUAUGUUCCUGGCCUUCGACACUCAGCUCUUGAUGGGGAAUCGCCGCUAUGCUAUGAGCCCAGAGGAGUACAUCUUUGGAGCCCUCAACAUUUACCUGGACAUCAUCUACAUAUUCUCCUUUUUCCUGCAGAUCUUUGGAUCCAGCCGAGAUUGAGCUUGGCCAAGUCACUUAAGCCCUGCAUCUCAUGAAACAGAAUAUAUAGAUUAUAUAUAAAUAUAUAUAUAUAUCUGCUAAUACAACAGCAACAAAGAAAAGAGAGAGGAAAAAUUAAGUGACCUCCCUGGCCCUUUAGUGAGCACCAUUCCCAUCAGAAUGGCAUCAGCCUGCACACACUCACACCAGUCUUCUUGACUUCUUUCUGCAGCCUGUACAUACGUUUGCUGUUAAAUCUUUUGGGACUAAAAAAACAAAAACAAAAAA